CGGCAAGUUUGAGGCGUUGCAGACAGCCGACGGCCAUGGCCUUGUCUUUUCGACUGACAAUGAAGGCGUCUUCCACGUCAUUGAAGAGCAACUGCAAAGCACGGCCGGGUGGACCGUAACCGACCUCUCGACAUCUCUCAUAGGAACACAAUUUCCUGGGAAGACAGACGCCCAGGUGAGCACCUUUGACGUGGGGCAGAGUGUGGUGAACGGCAGCAUUUCACUGGCAAUGGCUGUUCGAUCCGACAAUACCGAUACCCUCUUUGUCUCGCUGGGGAAUUCCAACUCGAAGACAGCUUGGAUCCAGAAUCCCAGCUGGACUCGGGUCCCAUUCGACGCGGCAGGAAGCUCUUCCACCAGUACCACUAUCCGGAGCAUUUUCUUCGCCGAGGCCAGUGGCAGCAAAGACUAUCUCAUCGUGGACAUUGAUCGCUCUCCUACAUCUGCAACCAAAGAAAUCGAGCGAUACUAUAUCGACAUGACAAAGGCCAAUGGCCACUACUGGGUCAAGCACGACGUGCCAGUUGAUAUUUCCAGCGGAGACUAUCAGAGUUGCAUUGGGAGAGUCAAGAAGGGCCGUGUCGACGGAGUGUACACAUCUGGUCAAGUCGAAGGAUCCCCCCAGUUGGUUUAUGUUCCCAUCGUCAACGUUUACGGAGACACAGCUCCAGCUCCCCGGCGGUUACAGCUGCCGAACGGCGCCGUGCCUUCUGCCAUAGCAUCCGCUCGAAACGGCCCUGAUGCUGUACCAGACCUGCGGGCCACGACAGACCUCUACGUGACCAGCGAGUCAAAGCUAUACUGGUUUGCAGCCGACACGCAGAAAGAUGGCAGCUCCGGCACUCUGCUACUGGAGGACGAUGUCUUCUCCCAAACGACGACCCUGAUCACCACGACGCACGCCGGCGUCACAACCAUCUGGGGCAAAAACGGAAACAACCAAGCCUACUACCUCUCGUGCCCAACCAGCCAGAUUGCCCUCCCGGGCUCGUGGAGCGUUCCCGUUCCCCUUCUCACCGGCAUCGAACAUCUUUCCGCGUAUGUCAACAGCGUCGAUGGCGGCAAGACGGUGUUUGCAUCUGGAGGAAACGAUCUCUUCAAGAUCGAACAAGCCAGUCUCACGGGCUCGAAAUUGUGGAAGCCCCAGAAGAUCUCUAUCGCAGCACACCCGGAACAGAAGGCGAUUCCCUUCAAGUCGUAUACCUCCACGCUCCAGGUGACCGACGAGAACGACCUUCCGGCCGACAAGGCAACGGUGAGCAUCACCACAACCGCGCGUACGCCGGUUUUCAUCAACGGUCUCUACUACGUGUUGAGCCCAACGCCUGUCCAGAUCGUGACGGAUAGGACCGGGUCCGUGACUGUGGUGGAGGCAACGGAGGAUAUCAAUGCCACGGUACUCACGGUGACUUGCAACGGAGGGUCUCCGCAAGAGGUCAACCCAAUGCAAAAAUCAUUCGAUAAACUGACUUCUCUCACCUCCGAGGACGCUCUUCGUGGUGCAACCGUGCCCAAGACUCUCACAGCCGGCGGAGUGGUGGGCUCUGUAUCGUCUGUCCCUAUCGUGGAUGCAUCGACCAGCUCCGAGGAUCUUCAGGGAGUCGCUGCGGGAUUGGAUCAUCUGCGAGAUGCCUAUACAGAAGCGCAGUCGCAGCCGGGCUCAUCCCUCGAUGGCUUCAACAAGGGUGUGAUCCCCGCCACUCUGUUCUACUCAUCCGGCCCAGCGAGGGGUCUAGGUGAUGCAAUCGCAAUCGCAGCCGGAGACGUAUUCCAGUGGCUGAAGUCUGGAGUCGAGCACGUUGUCGAUAUCAUCAAAGACGCCGCAACCGAUACCUGGCAUUUCAUUGCACGGAUCGCGGGCAAGGUCUACAGCGCCGUUCUCGAUACCGUGGAGGCUGUUAUUGGCGCCGUUGAAUGGGUUUACAAUGUGAUCAAAACGGCCAUCGAAGACUUGAUUCGUUUCAUCCAGUUCCUGUUCGAAUGGGACGAUAUCAGCCGCACCAAGCAUGCCAUGGCGAACAUUGCUCGACUGUACGUUCAGGCCCAGGUAGAGGCUAUUCCCGACGCGAAACAGUCUUUCAAUUCAGGAAUCGCCAGUCUGAAAGAAACUCUGGCAACCUGGGCAGCCACGGAUUACUCCGCACUUGGUGACGCGGCGUCGAAGCCCGCUUCGUCGAGUGCUUCCAAUCCAUCCAAGGGCCAAACGUCUGGCUCCCAAUUACUGGCACACCACUUCCGCAAUAACGCCGAGAACCUGACGAUCAAGGGUGACACGCGUGCCCUGAAAGGCAUCGAGGACGGUGCGCAGGAGAUCAUCGAUGUGCUUCUCGCAUCCCUGUCCAAGGAAGAGACCGUCCUAUCAGAAACCUACACCCAACUAAAGGACCUCGCCAAGAAGUUCAGCGACAUGAGCGUCGAAAACGUGCUCAAGCAGCUCCUUCUGAUCCUAGGCGACGCCGUCCUCGACAGCACCCAGGUGGUAGUAGACGCCCUCAUGGACGUCCUGCACAGCCUCGCAAAAUCAGCCAUCGCCCUCCUCGACACCAAGAUCCACAUCCCCGUCAUCUCAGACAUCCUCAACGCAAUCGGCGUCCCCGACAUCUCCUUCCUCGACCUCUUCAUGUGGAUCACCGCCGUAGGCUUCACCCUCGUAUACAAGAUCGCCAAAGGCGAGGCCCCAUUCCCCGACAACAACGACACCAAGCGAAUCACCUCAGCGACAUCCUGGUCCGAGCUCGCCUCCCUCUUCUCCCAGCCCGCCGAGCUCGCCUACACAACCACCAAGGACAAGAGCGAGAGCGACACCCCAAUCCACCCAACAAGCAUCCUCCCGCAGAGCGCGCAAGACCCCGUCUUCAUCGGCGGCCACGCCACAGCAGGCUUCAUCGUCCUCAUGGCCGACUUCCUCAACGUCUUCGAAGCCGAAGCCCCAACCGGCGACAACGUCUUCUCCAUAUCCGCCGCGAUAGCAGGGAUCCUCGCCGCCGCCUUCCAAGGCAGCACGGACUUCCUGGUCCCCAAAUACCCCGUCACCAACCUAGCCGUGAGAGCCGUCAGCUACGCAACGCUGACCAGCACCAUCGCAGCGAAGCUCAUCUUCUGCGGCCCGGGCCAGAAGCUCUUCGCGGCCAAGUGCCAGUGGUUCGCGGUCGCCGACGGGCGCGCGACGGGCGCCAUCGUGAACUCCGUGCUGGUCAUCCCCGCGCUGUGCGUGUCCGGCUGGCACUUCCACGAGCUGAGCCAGAUGCCGGAGUCGGAUCAGCGGUCCGCGGCUAUUGUGGGCGAGGUGUCGAAUUUGACGUCGUAUGUUUCGCGCAUUGCGUAUGCGACUGCUGUUAAUGAUUACGAGGAGACGACGAGGCAGGUGGCUAUUGGGGUUAUGGCUGUUAGUAAUGUUGCGACGGCGGGGUUGCAGACUGCGGAGGCUUUUCUUUCUCAGUAGGGAGGAUGUUGCUAUUGUUAUGUAGUCUUGUAUCCUAAGCCUUGGUUGUUUGUUGGUUGGUGAUCUUUCCUGGUUUCGCCUCCUAUCAUUCCCUAGGUCCAUGUUUUUGUUUGUUUGUUGGUUUGUUGGUUUGAUAUUCCACUGGAUUAUUUACCUGAAAUGAACUCUUU